GAGGCUAGUACUUUUAUACAGUUGAGUCAAGUCGAGUCAAGUCUAGUCGAGUCGAGUCCAGAGUGUCCUAAUGGGAGCGCUAGAUGUGUGGUAUUAAAGAGAAAGAGAUAAUGCUGUUCUCGAACAAGCUGUUCAUCUACUGCAGCAUUCUAUGUCUGUUCUAUCCAAUGGGUAAGGCAAUUGUUAGGGACCAGCAUGGUUGCGGUUUAGUUUCUUCAUCCCCUCAAACUGCAGAGCUUGUUCUGUUUACAAGUAAACUUGCUCAGCUUGAAUGCAACUGGAAGUUGAGACUCUUUAAAAAUUGGAGGUGGCCAAAGAUAUUCGUUAUGAGUAGAAAGAAAUCACUUCGUUUUAAAGCCAUUGUACAAGGACUGGCUGUAUUAUUGUUGUUUGCUCUGUCCGUUUUUGCUCUGUCUGUUGUACUGUCUAUAACCUUUUUCAUCGCAAUUAGUGUAACGAUAAGAUUUCCCUUUAAGCACGAUGUAUAUGAUAUCAAAAAACAUGCUUCUGCUAUAGCUUUUUUGUCUUUGAGUAUGUUCCAAUACUCCGUAUUCAGUCAGCAAAUGAACGCUGUGAAUAGCAUAGUUCAAAAGCCUAUAAUUUUGGCUCUGAUGGAUACUCAGCUAAAGCUGAACUGUUUUAAGGAGUACUCUAGCCCUGAAUUAGAAUUUGCUUUGGUGCUCCUCUUGUUACUAUGUGGAGAUGUGGAGAUAAAUCCUGGUCCUCAAGGUGAUGGAAAAGGUGACAACAGUACUAGUGAAUCUGUAGAUCCUGGCUACGCUAGCAUCUCUGUGAAUGAGCCUCUUUCAAUGCAAAUUCCAAGCGAUGAUGCAGCUGCUUCAAAUAACAUUAGUCACACUUCUGAACAUCUAGUGAGUAAUAGUGUAUCACCGACUUCACAAAACAAAGACUAUGUUCAAUUCAACCAGGAACCACUAGAGCCCCAGAACAAUGAUGUAGAGGAUGAAUCACCGGGUUUACAGCCAAUUCCUGAAGCUCAAACAAAUGCGUUAUCCAAACCUUUCGAGGAGUCAAAUGAAUUCGAACAAAACAGGCAGGCAGGGGUAGAAGAUGCCUCUUCAAUGCUCGUACUCAAUCACACUGGAGCUACUUUGCUGAAAAAAGUUGUUGGAUACACAGCAUCCAUACCAAGUAAAGCUCAGCCUGAAGGAGACACCCAAGAUAUGAAAGAUGUUCCUAGACUUAGGAAAGCCCUGCGGGACAUGAUAGAGAAUUGGAAAUGUAGCAAUAUCUGGACAGAAAGGGGCGGGUUUACUGCUGAAGUGGUCCAGUACAAAGAGUGUGGUGAAGAGUGUUAUAAGCUUCUCAAUCAACUGUAUAGACGUCUGCAAGGAUCAUCAAUCAUUUGCCCUCUGUGUUUGUGCAAAUCUUCUAGUAAACCAAAAAGUAAGUCGAUUGAAAGUCAUUUCAUACCUCGAGCAAUGUUGAAAGUUUUUCGUGAUAUUCACGGUGAUGGAGUAGACAAUUUUAUGUAUGAUAUAUCAGCCGGAAAAACACUGGGAAUUGGAUUGCGAUGUCCUGAUAUGCUAUGCUCUGGUUGUGAAAAUGUGUCUUCCAAAGAAGAGGACAAACUAAGAGACGUUUAUUUAGGUAUUUUGGUAGAAACAGAGAGCAACAUCCUUACAUUCAAAAAUGCCCCGACUGGUUGGUUUCAAUUUAUUCUCGCCAACAUUUUUUUCAGAGGUUUGCUUGUUGGUUGUGACUUAAAAGUUGAGCUUAAUAUUAAUAAUAGAUUGUUCCAAGAUUUUUUUUGGAGGCUGAAACAGUAUUGCAACAAAGAAAACGAAGUCUUUCCCGAUAUCAAGCUUUAUAUUUUGGCAAACAAGCCAUUAAAUCCGAAAAUGAAAAAUUUUGUUCAUGCAUUAGAUAUGCUGGCUCGUUUCCCCCGAUUUACUGAACUGAUAAGAUGUGAAACAGGAAUGUUUCUGUACUGCCAGUUUGAUUGUUUUCAUUUAGUUGCUCCUCUUGAUAAGUGUAGUAUUGCACACUUUAAACAGUACCAAAAUGGAUUAGGAUUAGGCUCUGAUAGUGAACAACAAGUACACAUAGCACAGCACGGACAUUGCGAAGUAAGAAAAGACAGAGACACCAACAUUCUCACAUAUUAUAUACCUGCAGUGGCUGAUGGCCUCAUGUAUCAAUUUCCUGAGGUACUCCUACAAAUUAAUGCCAAGGAUUAUUCUCGUGUUUCUCCGUUUGUGAUUGAGGAUCAGUAUAGAAAGAGGUAUAAGAGCGACAGUACAAGUACGAAUCCAAAACCAGUGUCGAAAUUAACGGAUGAUGUUGUUUCAUUUGUUGAUAGAGCACCUGACUGUCCGCCACGGUUCAAUCUUUGUACGAACACUCCUGGUACCGUUUAUAGAAAUUGUUCGCCAAAUAGAGAAACAACACCCAUCAAUCUUCAACUAAAAGGGGAUAUUAUUCUGAAUCAAACAGAAAGAGCAUUUAAGUUAUCCCCAAUAGCGCACUACAAAAGACUAGAACAACUGCAUGCUGAGGAAAUUGAAAAGAUGAAAUCAGACCAAAAAAAUGUUAUAGAAAAGAAAAACCGAGCAUAUAAGCUUCUGUUUAUGAAUGAGUUGAGGCAUAUCAUUGAAAGACGAAGUCAUGACAGCGAACUAGUUCCUCCUUCAAUAAAAGAAAUGUUUGAUAGUGUUUCCGAGUAUGGUGAAUCAGAUAAAUUUAUUUGCAUAGCCAAACAAAUUAUUAGCAAAACGAAGAUUAGACGAUUGUCAAGUGUCUCAGUGCCAUGGCCAGAUCAAUCUGUUACUGAAAUCGAGCAAGCAACAACAGAAUACUAUCAUUCCUGUGGUAUUUUGUUUGGCUUCAUCAAAUCACACAAGGGCUCAAAUGGAGGCAGUGCUAGGAAGUCUGACAAAAAGGCCCUAGUGGAGCCACCUACCCCUUCAUCGCCACAACCUACAUCCUAUCCUCCGACUGAUGAUCCAACAGGCGAGCUGCCUACAUCCUAUCCUCCGACUGAUGAUCCAACAGGCGAGCUACCUUCUUCCUAUCCUCCGACUGAUGAUCCAACAGGCGAGCUACCUACAUCCUAUCCUCCGGCUGAUGAUCCAACAGGCGAGCUACCUUCUUCCUAUCCUCCAGCUGAUGAUCCAACAGGUGAGCUACCAUCCUAUCCUCCGACUGAUGAUCCAACAGGCGAGCUACCUACAUCCUAUCCUCCGGCUGAUGAUCCAACAGCCGAGCUGCCUACAUCCUAUCCUCCGGCUGAUGAUCCAACAGGCGAGCUACCUUCUUCCUAUCCUCCGACUUAUGAUCCAAUAGGCGAGCUACCUUCUUCCUAUCCUCCGACUGAUGAUCCAACAGGCGAGCUACCAUCCUAUCCUCCGGCUGAUGAUCCAACAGGCGAGCUACCAUCCUAUCCUCCGGCUGAUGAUCCAACAGGCGAGCUACCUACAUCCUAUCCUGCGAUUGAUGAUCCAACAGGCGAGCGUGCACAAAGUUGGUACAGCGCAAAAGAAUUUUGAUUCGAAAAAACAUCAUACAUACAUGCAUAGUAGAUUUACUGUUAAAGACGUUAUCCAAGUGAAUUAUCAACCGAUUUUGUAUAA